UAGAAUUUUUUAACUCAAAUUGCAAACUAACUGAUAUUUUCUGAUACGGAUGAGGACACUUUAGAUCUCAAGUACGAACUCCUGCACUCACUUUCUACCAUGAGUACAAUCGAAACCGUUUCGAUUUCUCAACCGACUUAUGAGCCAGGCGUUACCGGCAAUGAUAGUCUUACAACCGCCGAGGAUGACAUGUUUGUAGAACCGAGCGAGGAAUAUUUGGAAGAACUGGCGAAAAUCAGCAGAGUGGCUAACAUCGUGAUACCCGUUGUCAUAAUCAUUCUUCUGGUACUUGGGAUCAUUACAAAUGUUCUUGUAGUUUACGUUACGGUUGUAACAAACCGCACGGCGAAACAUCCAAUUCACAGUAUUUUCGUUCUGAACUUGGCUGUUUCAGACGUUAUGUUUCUUCUUGUCAGUGGACCGUACUGGAUAACAAUCACAUCAUCCAGUAUGUGGCGUUUUGGAGCAUUUCUUUGUCCUGUAAUUCCAUUCAUAUGCAAUUGUUCCAUGGCCGUCAGUAUUUAUACAAUAUGUGCCCUUGCAUGGAUGCGUUUUAUGGCUUUGGUGAUGCCUUUUCGAUUUCGACGUAGCUGUAUUUCUACCAGAAAAGCAGGAUAUUUUGUGAUUUUGGCGAUAUGGAUAGCAGGAAUUAUACUUUCAAUACCUAACCUCGUAUACUACGGACUGUAUGAUAUGCAAGGAGGCGCAUACUCAUGUGAAUGGACUAGAGAAAGCGAAAAAGCACACAACGUAUAUGGAGCUGCAAAACUUGUUGCCACAUAUCUAUUUCCUCUUCUUCUCGUCACAGUUUUCUACGCCGUAAUCGGUCGAGAGGUCCUUUGUUUUAUGAUGCAUCAUAAUUCCAGAAUACAUCGUGGACCAACAGAAGAACAAAAAGAAUGCGUUAAAAGUACCAUAGUUGUUCUCAGUUUGAUACUUGCUUUCCUGAUAUGCUGGUUACCUCACUUGCUCGAAACUGUUUUCAGCAUGACCGGAUUUUGGGCUGGGUAUAACUAUGCAAAGCAACGUUUUUUCUUGGAAAGUUUGGGGAAAUGUAUGUCUUACGCACAUGCCUUCAUCAACCCGUUUAUAUAUACAUUUGCUUCCCCUGUUUUCCGACGCAGCUUACGAAAUUCAUUAUGUCAAAAAAUAAGCCAGUGUAGAGAAGAAGGACACGUCUGUGGUCGUUCGAUUGUCCGUCGUAAAAACACCGACAGACGCAUGCUGAGAAUACCUUUAGAUACCGAAUAUGAAGAUCAAACGAUGCGAAGAAUCAAUGUCCGAAAUUCCACACCUGGAGUGGUUAGUCCGAAGACAGAACAUGCACCAAUCGCGACUGGAUUCGACUGUCAUUCUAUUACUCGUGUGACAGACGUGACAAGAUUUGCGUCACCUGACCCUUGCAGCGAAAGACGUUUUACGCAGACUACACUGAACGCUGUUGAUGAGACUGCAGAAGCCCAACACGAUUUGUUGGCCAACGUGGAACAAAAUACCCCCGAUGAAAAUGGCCACUGUACCAACCUGAAUGGACAGUGGUCGUGAUUUUUGUGAUGAGUCAAAACUAAAAUCGCAAAGACGUUUUCUGUGACUGCUGGAGCACAGAACAGUCGUACGGGAAAACAAGAUUUCCUUCUCUCAAGUAAGUCUUAUGAAAUCGAACUUGGCGUAAACCAUUUAAAUUGCGCCAACAGAAAGGGAGUAUAUGAAUGCCUGAUACGGGCAUACUCUGCGUACAGGGAAUCGGUUGAAGGUUUGUAUAGCACGAAACACAAUGCAACAUUGUCUACUAUGACUCACCUACCUCAAACGAAAUUAUGGAAGUGAAAAAAUUAUUCGCAAGAGAUUUUGCACGAAUCCUUAUCGUCCUUGAGUUCCAUUUCUUAUGUCGCAAAGUAAAUUUUCUUUAUUUGGGAAACGACCUUCAACCCUGGCGAGGUCGUUUCAAAUUAUAUAGAGUAAACUUAAAAUUAAAUUGUGCGUGUUGACGUUUAUGAAAAAGUAAUAAAAUAUUCUUUUUCC